GCCGCCGGAGGACGGGAGCCCGGGUCCAGGAGGCGGAAGCUCGCCGCGAUGGCGGGCAGCGUGUACCGCGCGGGGGCGAGCGCGGCCAGCGAGAUUCGCGAGUCGUACAACCAGACCCGCGCCCGCGAGAUUGAUCACCCGGACACCUCCAAGAUCACGAUCCCGGGCUCGUUUCCGGACGUGGCCAUCAUCACCAAGGGCGACGAGCAGAUGGUGCUGUUCCCCUCGUACGCGAAGCGGCACGUCCGCAAUGAGGAGAGGCAGUUCGAAGUGCCGGGCGGUCCGCCGCAGUCGUCUGCGGUGAGCAUGAAUGAGCAGGAGUACUGGCGGCAGGAGUGGUCGCGGUUAGAGGACGAGAAGGCGGUCGUGGAUGUCGACAUUCGUGGAUGGAUAUACAACCCGCACCGCGGCCCGAUUACCCGCCGCAAUCGGAUGUUGAUUGGGCUCGCCAGGCAGCUCAGUGGCAUUCCCAUGCCAAGCCUGCAGCAAACCAGUAAUGCCGCAGAGACGGGUCCGUCGUCAUGGCAUCAGGAACAUGAAGAGAUGCGCGACCAGGAGCGCAUCGCCAUGCGGGCCAAGGAAAUAGAAAGACAAGGGAAAGAGGAACAGGCGGCAGCACAGAAGGGCGGUUAUAGCGAGCGGCCAAGUGAUCCCUCGAUUGAAGAUGACGAAGAGGCGGGACAUGAACGCAUCUAUCGCGGCAGUGGAGGAUCCACCCCAAUCACAUCGCGGCCUGGAUCUCCGAGUCGGGCCUCGAUACGCAGGACAAACACCUCUGCGACCACCACGGGUACCGAGCUCAGCAACGCAGAGCUCUCAGUGGCCAACGCCAACCUCAUGGCUCGCAUCGCGCCAUUCAUGACGACACCGCUUGUCGAGAUCCCAAUCACUCUCUUCUUCUACAACGACAGCCAGUCGCAGUCAAGGACGAUCACGACCAACGACUCUGGCCACUUCAUGACACGCGCCGCUCUCGACUUUGUGCCGACACACGUCCGGGUCAUGGCCAAUGAGAACAUCUCAUGUGUUGAACCCGUGCAGAUCAUUGAGCCAAAGGGCGUUAGCCUGAUCAGCGACAUUGACGACACCAUCAAGCGAUCCAACAUCACUCUCGGCGCCAAGGAGAUCUUCCGCAACACCUUUGUCCGCGAGCUGCACGACGCCGCCGUCGACGGCGUGCAAGAGUGGUACACGAGGAUGCACGAGCUCGGUGUCAAGAUCCACUACUGCUCAAACAGCCCGUGGCAGCUGUAUCCCGUGCUGGCCACGUUCUUCAAGCUGGCGGGCUUGCCGCCGGGAUCGCUCCAUCUCAAGGCGUACAGCGGCAUGUUGCAGGGCAUCUUUGAGCCUGUGGCCGAGCGCAAAAAGGGCACGCUGGAGCGCAUCAUGAAGGACUUUCCCGAGCGCAAGUUUAUUCUUGUCGGAGAUAGUGGCGAGGCUGAUCUGGAGGUCUACACUGAGCUCGCGGUGGCCAACCCGAAGCGGAUUCUGGGCAUUUUUAUCCGUGAUGUCACAACUCCAGAGAAGAAGGGAUACUUUGACUCCAGCUUCGCCGUGGGCAGCCGUGGUCCGACUCGGCAAAACUCCGCCAGCCGGCUUCAGAACAACACCAGUCAAUACGACGAUCCAUCCAGUCGGCCAGCCCUCCCGCCGAGGAUGACACAGCGCAACCAGCCACCAGAGAAUGCCGAAGAAGACCUGAUCGACUUCUCGGAGGAGCCACAACAGAUGCCCGCAAGGACAGAGUCCGCCCAAAAGGGAGAAGCACCAGGCAAGAAGGCGCCGCCACGACCCGUCAAGCCCAAAGCCCUCCAAGGUGUUCCAUCAUUCCGAGAGGAGAACGGCACAGCGGGGUCUAAGUCAGCAUCCAGUCAAACGCCCCAACCACCACCCCCACGGCGAUCGACACCCAUUCAGGGUCAAACGUCACAGCCCCCGAGACCAACUGCGUCCCGUCAGGACAGUUUUGGCACAUCCACGUCGUCGAACACCUCCAGAAGUAACGGCGCACCAGCUCCGCCACCGCCUCGCCGCCGCGGCACACCUCUCAGCCAUGACAACGGAAUCCAACAACAACAUCAGCAGGACUCCUCCCGUCGUGGAUCCGCCAGCACGACAUCGUCCAUGCCAAACAACCACGCAGUGACCCCGGACAGCAAGGUUGGACCUCCGACGCACCAGCUCGCGUACGCGCAGCAGCAGCCGCUGCAGCCGGUUGACCGCAAGGUCGAGCUGUGGCAGGCGCGCGUGCAGCGGGCCCACGACACGCUGGACGACCUGGGCGUGCCGCUGUACACGUGGCGGCGCGGCGGGGAUGUGAUUGAUGUUGCCGAGGGGAUCAUCAAGAGGGCUAUGCGGGAGCUC